CUACUACACUACUACAGCUACUAUACUGCAGCUACUACUAUACUACUACAGCUACUAUACUGCAGCUACUACUACACUACUACAGCUACUAUACUGCAGCUACUACUACACUACUACAGCUACUAUACUGCAGCUACUACUACACUACUACAGCUACUAUACUGCAGCUACUACUACACUACUACAGCUACUAUACUGCAGCUACAGCAGCUACUACAGCUACACUACAGCAGCUACCACUGUACUAGGUGAGUGGGCGAUGGACCCCCGUUCCCUGCUGCAUGGGGGGUACCACCACGCGGUGCUGCGGCGCUGGCAGGGGAACGGCGCCGCCUUCAGCGCCGACAACCUGGUCUACCCACUCUUCGUCACGGAUGAUGCUGAUGGGCUUGAGCCCAUUGCAAGUUUACCUGGGCUGGCCAGGUAUGGAGUGAACAGGCUGGGGCCUGUGCUGGAACCCCUCAUCAAGAACGGCCUCAAGGCCGUGCUCAUAUUCGGGGUCCCUGCCAAGCUCCCCAAGGACGCGAGAGGCUCCAGCGCCGACUGCCCGGCCUGCCCGGCCAUCCUCGCCGCCCGUGCGCUCCGCGACCUCUUCCCGGGCCUGCUGGUGGCGUGCGACGUCUGCCUGUGCCCCUACACCAGCCACGGGCACUGCGGCAUCCUGCGAGCGGACGGGACUCUGGACAACGAAGCUUCGUGCCAGCGUCUGGCCGAGGUGGCGCUGGCUUACGCCAAAGCCGGCUGCCAGGUGAUCGCGCCGAGCGACAUGAUGGACGGCAGGAUCGGAGCCAUCAAGCGCAUCCUCAUCGACAACGGCUUGGCCAAUCAGGUCUCCAUCAUGAGCUACAGCGCAAAGUUCGCUUCCUGUUUCUACGGCCCGUUCCGGGACGCUGCAAAGUCGGCGCCGGCGUUUGGAGACCGCAAGUGCUACCAGCUUCCUCCCGGGGCCAGGGGCCUCGCCCUGCGGGCCGUGGAGCGUGACUUGUGUGAAGGGGCCGACGUGGUGAUGGUGAAGCCCGGCCUGCCGUACAUCGACAUCGUCCGGGAGGUCAAGGACAAGUACCCGCACACGCCGCUGGCGGUGUACCACGUGUCGGGAGAGUUUGCCAUGCUGCACCACGCGGCCUCGCACGGAGCCUUCCAGCUGCGCUCCGCAGUCAUGGAGGCGCUCACCUGCCUGUCGCGUGCCGGUGCCGACAUCAUCAUCACGUACUUCGUGCCCCAGCUGCUGGACUGGCUGCGUGAGGAGGCGUAGAAGGAGGAGAGGCGGCCACCGUGAACUCGCCCCGCGGGAUUGGGACCGUCCAUAAAUGACGUCACGCACCUGGGGGGGGGGAGGGGGGCGGGGUCAGACAUUUGUGACGAUGUGUGACGUGGAGAGGGAGGCUUGUGUUGCCUCCGAAACGUCGUGAUUUUUAUUUUAUUUUACUUUAAUUAAUUGGAAUUUUUUACCUACAUGGUGACUUUACCGAAAAACCUAAGAAUAUGAAUCCUUGCAGUCACGAAAGUUUCAAAUCUAGAAAGUCGGAGGUGGGGUUUGAGAAAUGUGACGUCUUACAUCAAAAUGCGCAACUUUAAAUAAAUGAAUAUAGACAACACGUUCUACUUAAUUAAAUGGACUUUUUAAUAAAUGUUUUCUCCUGCAACAUCAGAGUGCAGCGCUACAUUAAAUACGCACUACAAUGACAAUAGUUUAAAGCGAUUUGAAGCAUUUCGAUUUAAAGCUUUCGUGACUGCAGGGAUUCAUCUUCUUGGUUCUUUCGGUAAAGUCACGUAGAAGGGAAGUAAUAAAAUAAUAAAAAUAAAACAUAAUAAAAUAAUUCUCACGACGUUUCG